AUUUAUUAUAUGGGUGACUGCUGCUGAACAGAAAGAAAGGAAGAUCCUCCAGUAGACCUUGGAGAUAGGAAAAGAAAAGACAAAGAUAAGUCUAAAAAGUCUCAGAAAAAUGGAACAGAAGAGUCUGAGGGUGUUCCUCCUCCUAAAAUGUUUGGAAAGAAACAGAAUCUAAAAGAAGUUCUUGAUAAAAAAUUGAGAGAGAUCACAGGUAUUACUGAAGAAGAAGCUGCUAUAAAUAAUUAUUUAAAGAAAACUACAGAAACUGCUCAAAGAGAAUGGAUCGAUAAGAGAAUGGGAGAUUGUAGCAGAACGAAUUCUUUGAGCCAAAAAGAUCAAGUGGCAGGAGCUAAAGGGAAGGCUGGUCAUUCGCAAAGAGGAAAUACCAACAAAGAGAAAAAGAGAAAGCUGAAAUCUCGCCAUUUCGAAGAAAUAAUAUCUAGCAAAGAGGUGGCGGAAACUAAACCAACAAAAAAUGAGGAAGCUCAAGCUUCUACCCCAAUCAAUAUUUCAUUUGAAAAGUCAGUUUCAGACUCCUCAGAGUACAAUGACUACCAAAUCUCUAUAAAGGACGGAAACUCUGACGCUCAGAUGCCUGAAGGCGUAGAAUUUGUUGACCAUGAAGAGGAUGUAGGGGAGGAAGAAGGGGAUGAAGAGAAGAGCUGGAGUAUAGGGGAGGGUGCAGAGGUGGUUGAGUUUGAGUCGAUGGGGGAGGGGAAGCUGAAGGAGGGAGAUUUGGAGAGGUUGGAGGAACAGAAGGAGUUUGGAAAUGGUUCUUUGGAUAAGGUAGAGGGAUUGAAAGAAAGGCUUGGGGAAGGUUAUGGUCAAGAUCAUUGUUAUAUUGGUGAUGCGGAUAAUGAUCAAGUAUAUGAUCAUGACCAAAAUAAUUAUAAAGAUAGCGACCAAGAUAGCGACCAAGAUUGCAACCAAGAUAGCAACCAAGAUAGCCACCAAGAUAGCAACCAAGAUAGCAACCAAGAUAGCAAUCAAGAUAGCGACCAAGAUAGCAAUCAAGAUAGCGACCAAAAUAUCAAUCAAGACAACGAUCAAGAUAACAAUCAAGAUCAUGAUCAAGCAAAUAUCCUAUCUAAAGUGAAUGUAUUCUCUUCUACAGAGCAUCGUCAAUGAGUUGAAAGAGAAGAUAUCCCAAAAUUUGAAUACAAUGAGCUUCCUAGCGACCAUGAAGAAGAAAAAGAAUUAAUGGAUUCUUCAGCUGAACCCGAGCUGUAUUGCAAUGAUAAAUCUGAAACACCUUCACCCUCUAACCAAUACCACGUAGUUGAAGAAAGUAAAGAAACUCCUCUUGAAAAAGAGCAAUCUAAGAGUGAUUCAAUGUCCAUUAGUGAUGACGAUAACCCACAAAUUUCUCUUAACACGAAAGCUGAAGGAGUGAGGAAAACAAUGACUUUCUUAGGCUCAUCUUAUCUCAGAACUAACACCCUCCAACUUUUUAGGGAUUCUAGUUCCAAAGAGAUGAUGGAUCAGCAAGAUGGAAAUAUCAACAGAUCCUCUACUAAGAACGAUCAGCUAUUAUUAGAGGGAAAGAAGCAAAAAGAUUUCUCUGGCUUAAAACUUAAAAGUGAGAAUCGUGGCAAAAGACUUAAAUCUGGAAGAAAGACUUUCUAUCACUAA